AGUGCUCAGUUUGAUCAGUCACGCCUCAUUUGGACACCUGCUUACCCGUCUCAUGCCAUCUGCGAAAAGUUCAGGCGUGAAAUUAACCUUAAACACAACCUGAAACUCAAGGACUACCAUGACCUUCAUGCAUACUCGGUGUCCAACUACACCUUCUGGCUCGACCUCUGGCAAUUCAUGGGUAUUCUGUCUUCAUGUCCCUCCAGAUCCCACAAAGGUAUAAUCCAAAAGGGCAAAUACGAAGAAGUACCCGAAUGGUUUCCCGGAGCACGCCUAAACUAUGCCGAGAACCUACUCUACCGCAACGACGAUAGUAUCGCAUGCACAGCAGGCAAUGAACUCGGAGCCGUGACGCAUUAUACAUUCCGCCAGCUAAGAGAGAUGGUGCGCAAAAUGGCAGCCGCAAUGCGCUCGAAUGGAUUAAAGGUUGGAGACAGAGUUGCGGCUAUCAUCUCCAACUCCAUCACCGCAGUGGUAGUCGCUCUUGCGGCUUCCAGUGUAGGGGCAAUAUUCUCUAGUACCGCAACUGACAUGGGUACCCAGGGUAUACUCGAUAGAUACAGGCAGAUCAAACCAAAGUUCAUUUUCACAGAAACGGAGAUUGUUUAUGCCGGGAAGACAAUCAGCCUAGUACAGAAGGCUUUGGAAGUAGAGCAGGACCUCCGCACAUUUGGCGUACAGCGCAUCAUUACUUUACCGAGUGUGAAGACCGGAAAGACCGUCCCAGAGUCUCUGAACAUACCCAAUAGUGUUACAUUGGAUUCUUUCCUUGCAUCAGAUGAUGGUCGACCACUGGAAUUUGAGCAGCUGCCUUUCAGUCAUCCACUGUAUAUCCUAUACUCAUCGGGGACAAGUGGUCCGCCGAAAUGCAUAGUCCACUGCGGUGGGGGCGCCCUAAUGAACAGCAAGAAGGACUGCAUGGUCGGCUUCGGCAUCCUUCCGACUGAUGUCUAUUUUCAAUACACUACAACGGGUUGGAUGAUGUGGCCAUUCAUGCUCUCAGGUCUUGCAUGUGGCGCACGUAUUGUCCUCUACGAUGGGUCACCAUUCCACCCUGACGUCAGGGGUUAUCUCAAGUUCAUCAAUGAUCAGGGUGUCACGGUGCUCGGCACAAGUCCACGUUUCCUGACUGAAGUCCAGAUGAGGGGUAUUAAACCGCUUGAAAUCGCGUCCUUUGAAGCUCUUCGCGAGAUGACAGUCACAGGAGCUGUAACAACUGCACCUUUGAUGGAGUGGGCGCACGAAGCAUUUGGUAAGAAGCUGCAUAUAGGUUCGUCUUCUGGGGGGACAGACGUGUUCUGUGCAUUUGUCACUUCUGUGUUGAGUUUCCCACUAUAUGCUGGAGAACUUCAAGGCAAAUGUCUCGGCAUGGCCGUUGAAUUAUUCAAUCCUGCGGGAAAGAACAUUGAGAACACGGGUCAGCCUGGCGAGCUUGUCAUCACACGUCCGCAUCCCUCGAUACCUGUUUGUUUCUGGGGCGAUGAGUCUGGCACAAAGUUUCGACAGGCUUAUUAUGACAUGUAUCCAGGAGUCUGGCGUCAAGGUGAUUUUGUGGUAAAAAAUCCGAAGACGACAGGGUUCAUCUUUCUAGGGCGGAGUGAUGGCGUACUCAACCCAUCUGGUGUCCGUUUUGGCUCAACGGAGAUUUACAGUGUCAUAGAGUCUUUCUCUGACGAUGUCGAUGAUUCAUUGUGUGUGGGCCAACGGAGAACACAAGACCCUGACGAGCGUGUCCUGCUCUUUCUGAAGAUGCGCUCAGGGCGCAAGCUCACACCUACCCUCAUUGACCGCAUAAAGAACGCGAUCAGGACCAGCCUCAGCCCGAGACACGUUCCAGCCUACGUGUUCGAAACUCCAGAUAUCCCGUACACUGUUAACGGCAAGAAAAUCGAGAUUGCGGUCAAACAGAUUGUUUCGGGGUCCGAUCUAAAGCCGAGUGGGACUGUGGCAAACCCCGAGUCACUUAAUUUGUACUAUAAGUACAGGGAUAUCGAAGGUUUGGUGGGCCUGAAGACGAUGGCGAAGCUCUAGUUGUAGACAUUGAUAUCAGAAGGUUGGACCUUUCAACUGAAUAUUAACUUGCAAGCCCACCCAUUUGGCGCACAUGUCGGAAUUAAGGCUGGGGAA